AUGCCCGGGCACAGCAUCGUCGUCUGGAACGUGGUUAUCACGGCGUAUGGCGCGCGCGGUUAUGUGGAUGAGGCGCGCGGUUUAUUCGCACGGAUGCCCGUCGCCAACGUCGUUUCGUGGAGCAUCGUUGUGACAGCAUAUGCCCAGGAAGGGAAUCUUUUAGAGGCGGGAAUCUUGUUUGAUGCCAUGCCCGAGCGCACUGUCGUGCCUUGCACGGCGAUGAUCGUCGCGAACGCCGAGAAUGGGAAUCUCAGAGAAGCGGAGGAGAUAUUUCACCGGAUGCCGCAGUGGAAUGUGCCCAGCUGCAACGCGAUGAUGAGCGCGUUUGUGGAGCACGGGGAUUUUGCCAGCGCGUUGGUGAUUUUCGAGGCGAUGGAUGAAAGAGACGCCGUGUCGUGUACCACAAUGAUGCUGGGGUUUUCUCGGAAUCUCGAUUUGGAUCGGGCCAUGGCGCUGUUCAAUCAGGCGACCGGGAGAGAUCUUCCAUUUUGGAACGCGCUUCUUACGGCAUUUGCCGAGGCGGGCGAUUUGGAUCAAGUGAAAGAGAUCUACGCCAAGAUCCCACAUAGCAAUGUAGUUUCUAGCACAGCAAUGGUCACGGCUCUAGGAAAGGGCGAGCAUCUGAAGGAAUCUAGAUACCUCUUCACGAGCAUGCCGGAGAGGAACUUGGUCUCUUGGAGCGCUAUGCUUGCAGCAGAUGCCGAGAACGGGGAGUUUGCUCACGCGGAGGCUGUCUACUGCCGGAUGCCGAAGUGGGACGUCGCAUCCUCAACGGCGGCAAUCGCAGCUUACGGAUCGGCCGGCUUGCCGGGGCGAGCGCAUUCCAUCUUCCAAUCCAUGCCGAUUCGAAACACGCUGACAUGGUCGGCCAUGCUUUGGGCGUAUGCCCAGAACGGACAUAGCAGGGAUGCAUUCGAAGUUUUCCAAUGCAUGGCGAUUGAGGGCGUCGAUCCGGACAAGUCCGCACUGAUGGGAGUCAUAGAUGCGUCUUCCGGGCUCGCCUGCACUACGAAGGCCAAGAUUAUUCACAUGAUCGUGGAAGAACUCGUCCAUCCGCCGGACGCCGGUAUCGACACCAAGCUCGUGAGCAUGUUUGCGAAAUGCGGGUGUCCCGAGGCCGCCAGGGAGAUCUUUGAUCGAAUGGAGGAUCGCGGCCGAGUGGCUUGGAACUCGAUGCUGGCUGCGUAUGCGCAGAACGAGCGAGGGGCGGAGGCGCUGCAGCUGUUCAAGGAGAUGGAGCUGGAAGGGAUCGAAGUGGACGAGGUUAGCUUCGUGUGUGUUCUAUCCGUCUGCAGCCAUGCCGGGAUGCUGGCCACCGCGUGCUGUGAGUUUUCGUCCAUGGUUGGCGACUUUGAGAUUGCUCCCGUGGUCGACCACUUUAACUGCGUGAUCGAUCUGCUGGGGAGGCUGGGCAGGAUUGGGGAUGCACAGGAGAUUGUUCUAGAGAUGCCUUUUGAGCCUGGCACUGUAUCGUGGAGAUCGGUGUUGAGCGCCUGUGGAUUGCAAGGAAACGUCCAAAAGGCAUCUUUGGCAGCCACGGAGCUUCACAAUCUGGAAAACCAGGAUGGUGGCCCCUUCGUUUUGCUCUCCAACGUCCACGCCAGGGCAUAG